CCCAUCCUAAUCAGUCAGUAGGUUAUUAAUCUUGAGUUUUGGUUUUCAUGGUGCUGGUGAAGUGAUAUUAUGAUUGUAGAUAAUAAAUCAUGAUAUUAGUGUGUUUGUAGUGUUUAAUUCAGACAUCAAUUGAAUAUUCACGGCUUUUCCAAGGAUACCAAAGAUUAUGCUAGAUACACCGAAUAAUACAUACCAAACCGAAAUGGCUACCUUAGUGCUUGACAUAAUUGAUGGCUACCAUGACAUCAUGGACAAUCAAUCAGAUCCUCGUGUGAACGGAUGGUCUAUGAUGUCUUCCCCGUUCCCUACCCUGUUCAUCUGCCUGUUCUACGCCUAUUUCUCGAAAGUGUUGGGACCCAAACUCAUGGAAAAUAGGAAACCAUUUGAUCUACGAAAUGUGCUAGUUGUCUACAACCUCUUCCAGACUGUCUUCAGCACGUGGAUAUUCUACGAGUACAUGAUGAGCGGUUGGGGUGGACAGUACAGCUUCAGAUGUCAGCCUGUGGAUUACUCCAACAACCCGGUUGCACUGAGAAUGGCCAGGACCUGCUGGUGGUACUACUUCUCCAAAUUCACAGAGUUCUUCGACACGGUGAUUGUUCUUCAUUUGAGGAAAAAGAACGAGCACGUGUCAACUCUGCACGUUAUUCACCACGGAUGUAUGCCCAUGAGUGUAUGGAUGGGAAUGAAAUUCGCUCCCGGUGGCCACAGUACAUUCUUUGCUCUGCUGAACACAUUUGUGCACAUCAUAAUGUACGCGUAUUACAUGGUCGCCGCCCUUGGACCUCGAUUCGCCAAAUACAUCUGGUGGAAGAAGUACCUCACAUCCCUGCAAAUGGUUCAGUUUGUGAUGAUCUUCGCCCACCAGUUCCAGCUUCUAUUCAUCGACUGCAACUACCCCAAGAGCUUCAUGAUCUGGAUUGGCCUCCACGGAGUUAUGUUCCUCUUCCUCUUCUCCGAUUUCUACAGGGAGAGAUACUCCACCAAGAAGAACCAGCAUAAGGGUGCCUGCAUGCCGGUUUUGGACGAGAAGGAAGCGUCAAAACAGUCGAACGGCAGCUCGAAAGCAAAGGCGGCCGCCAACUACCCCAACGACUACUCAGCCGUCUACUCUAGCUGCUACUCCAACGGCGUCAACAACGGAUACAUGACUCCGGCCUCCGCAUCUACAGCCUCCACGUCAACGGCUGACUCCAGGAAGACCAAAUAGCAGCGUCUUCGUCACACAAACCAUCCUAACAGACAUUGACAAUCGCUGUAGUCGCCAAACUCAAAGCAAACCAUCAGUGCAUCAAAAGACUUGUUCAAAUUAUUUGUGGUCAGGAAGAGUUGGUGAGAUUUAUUGUAAACAAAAGAUGUCUCAAGUUAUGUUGUGCAUAAUUUACAAGUUGUGUAAUAGCGUAAUCAUAUAGCAAAGAUAGCAUAAUACUGUCUUUUCUCUAUGGCUUAAGUCUCCAAACUAAAGGCUCAUAUAUUCACUCUCGAUUAAACGGAGAUAGAUCAGCUAUUCGUUUAAACCCGGAAUGAAACACAUGUUAAUAAAUUCAAGCAUACUCACAUGUAAUCGUAGAUUAGCGUUAAACGUUGAGUAGAUGGUGCAUAUAACCCUAAAGCCAGUUACACACACAUCAAUUUUUGGACGUUUUUAUGAAUUCUAUCAGAUUGAACGGUACUUGACAAACAUCAUCUGUUUAAUUUAAUAGAAUUUAUAAGGACGGGAAAAAUCGUACGUACAAAAAUCGAUGUGUGUGUAACUAGCCUAAGGCCCGGUUGCACAAAACUGUUGAAUUUUAAUCAUGAUUAAAUGCCACGAGAACAAAUCAUUAGAAGUUUUCUCUGAUUGGUUCUGGUGGCAUUUAAUCAUGAUUGAAAUUUUACAGGCUUUUGUGCAACUAAGACUAAGCCAGUAUAAGGGCCGUAUAAGCAGCGUCUACGCUAAACCAUAGGGAAAAGAUAGGAAUUCUAUAUAUUUUUCUAUGGUUAAACGCUAAACUACGAAAUAUGGUCGCAUUAAUUAGUGUUACAUUACAGGUUUAAAAAAUGAUCAACUGAUUUAUCUCCGUUUGAACCAAGGUACCUAGAAUACAUAUACAAUACGGUACCUGUAUUCUAGGUACAUUGGUUUGAGCCACAGUUUGAAAUUGUGGUUUUGAAACUCAAAACACAUUUUGAAACUCCGUGGUUGAAACUGAGAUGGUGCAUAUGAGCCCAUGUUUUGCUAUCCUUCCUUUCCAUGGAUUCACUCCAAACGUUGACAUUGGUUGAAUAGGUAGCACUUGCCUUAUUUAUGAUUAAUAAUGACAGUUCGAAGUAAAUCUUGAAAUCUUCAUUAGUAUUUUUUCAUUUCGGCGAAAUUUCGUGUAACUGAUUAACUGAUCAACCACAGUACAAGCAAUUAGGUUCACUUGAAACUAUUAGAAUUCAUUAUAAAUAUAACUUGUACUUCCCAUUCAACCAAUAGCCUGAUAGUAGACAAUAGUUUGAAGUGAUUUUCACUAUGUGAAGUAAGGUAAUUCUCCCUUGAAGCGAUUGGAGAAAAUCAAAAUGCUUAUUUCUAUCUAAUUUACAAAUUUUGAUUAACUUAGACAUGAAAUAUGUCUGAAUUACAAUUGAGAUUCGCAAUUUUACAUUGAAAAUUCGCCACAUUUCAAGCAAUAGAACCGAGUUUGAAAGGCACAAGUAUGGGAAAUUGGUUUUUUGAGAUUUUGGAAUCAUUUUUGAAAUUAGAAUCUACGAAUUAUACAUAUCUAUUUAAAAGUACUGAAUUGGAUGAUUCAUGGGAAGGUUAUAUAUAUAUAUAUAAGUAAAGUUUUUGUUAGAGUGCAUUUGUAGUAUAUAAAAUUUAAAAUCCGUAGAUUAUUCAUCUUUUUUUUUGUUAAAGCUUAUACGUGAUAUCACCCUUUCCCAAUACAGUAUUUUACAGUAUUAGCUAGUAUUUUUGAUUCUAACAUACAAUAUUGAAAGAUUUUCCCAUGUUAUCCAUAGAAACCCAAUUGUAUUGAAUUUUUGACUUUUAUCUUGAAAUAAGUUUGUAUUAUGUCCUUUAUAUUCAGUAUUUUGCUUUAAAGUUUCCUAAUAUUAUAUGAUAUAGUAAUCAAUCUUCAAUUGAAUUAUCUAGACAGUUGAUUUAUUAAAUUAACAUUAUAGAGUAUUCCUUUAUUUUGCAACUACAGUACUGUAUUAAAUCAUGGGAGGAAGAAGUAUGCAUUCUUGUAACAAAUAAUAUACUUAUAUAGCCACGAAUCCAGUCUCAAUUUCAAUUUUAAAACGUUAUUCUUUAUUUCAAAUCAAAAUGGUUGGACUAAAUUCCAAUUUCUCAUAACUUGGUGCUAAUAUUAAUAAAGCAAUGUGUUCUGUGUACAAGAAAUUUCGUGUAAACCACAAUUUUCCUAUAAAUUUUAUGUUGUUCUUGAAACAAUGUGAGAUUGAAUGUUGUUUGAACAUGUUUUUAAGGAAAAAUAGGAAAUGGAUUCAAUGCAAAGAGUAACAAAAAGACAAUGAAUUUUUUUCAGCUAAGUUAGUUUCUAAAAAUUUUGAAUUUUUUCAAUUUUUUUUAGAAACACUGUUACUAUUUAAAAUUAUCAAAGUUCCUGUUCACUAGCUGAUACUAUGAGAGUAUUUUAGUAAGCAGGAUGAAUUUAUUUUAUUUAUUUUUUUAGAUCCAGGAGAUCAUUUUUAAAACCUUUUGUCAUUUUUGAAAUCAUCAACUUUUUAUAUUACUUGCAUUCUUUUACUUGUUUUAAUUUCUUCCACAAUUCUAUUUUUAUAAUUAAUUUUCAAAUUGUACGUUAUAAAUAAAGCAACAUCCUCAUUACAGACUGAUGAAAUCAGGGUUCAUUGCAAGAAAAUCCAAUAAAAUUUAACCAACGUAAAAAUGUCGUCGCAUAAAUUCGUUCCGUCAGAUUACAUCAUUUUACAGCGGUUAAAUUUGAUUGGAUCAGGCUGUAGGUUUUGUUUCCAAGAUUUCGUUAUUGAAACUCAUGAUAAUUGCAGAGUCUAGAUGUUGAUGAUCCAAGAUAGUCUUAGGCCACUACCUCCGUAAAAAACACUACCAUCUGAUAUAGAUCAGCUGAAAUCGACGACUUUUUCUUGGUGUAGGAGCCCUACCUGUGCUGACGUCACCAGAAUGCACUAGGGCUUUGUUUACGGAGGUAGUGCUUAGGCGCGGUUGCACAAAAGCCGGUUAUAUUUUAACUGUGAUUAACUUGACGAGAACCAAUCGGAGAAGGCGUUUUUGAAAAGACGGCUUCUCUGAUUGGUUCUAGUUGAAUUAAUCACGGUUAAAAUUUAACUGACUUUUGUGCAACCGGCACUAAAUGUCUAGAGAAGUACAGAUAUUUUAAUAUGUUGUUACCAUUCUUGCAUUGAGAGUUGAAGAUAUUUGUGAACAAUGAUAUGGAUAUUGAUGAUAAUCUGAUUAAAUUCAUCAAAUUUAAAGACAGAUAAAAUUAAAGACAACUUUGUAAAUAGAUUUCACUCAGUUUAUGCAAUAACGCUUAGAUUUGCAUCUGUGUAAUUUCAUGUGAAAUUAUAAGUUUUCCUAAUAAAUAAAAUUGUUGCUAAUGUAUGCUUUAAACUAAGAACUAUAAUAUUAUACAACAAAUGGACCAUCGAAAAAUAAUUUUGUAAAAUUUCGUACAAAUUGCACUGUAUAGAUAUACUCUACCAUUGUUAUCGAAGCUUUGUUGUGUAUUGACGAGUAUAUAUAUGUUUUUGAACGAACCGAUUAUAUAUGUGUAAAUUAAUGGCUAAAAUAGAUACAACAAAUUCUAAUUUCUAUCGUAUUGUGUACGUCUAUAACUUGAAGGUGCUAAUUAGCAUUUUUCUAUCCCCGAAUAGAAUUUUAUCACAGGUUUUUAAAAUGUGAAAUUAUUGCUUUUAUAACUGUUUCUCACCAUAAGAGAUAUCAACUGUUAGCUGUAUACUGUUGCUUUUAUAUAACUGUUUUCAACUUUUUCCAAUUAUUUGUAUAAUGUGAAGAUAACGAAUAUUUUCUUGUUGAGAAGUAGUAUUAAAACCAAGUUUAAUGACCUUGGUUUUAUCCUACUCGUGAUUAAUCUUGGUUUAAUGCUCUAUCUGAUUAACCUUGGUAUAUUCCUUGGUCUAAUUAACCUUGGUUUAACGUAUUGUACAAUAUUCUCUCUAAAGUAUUGAACUUGUAUUAUUUAUCUUAUGAAACUUCUCAUCCCCAUAGUUUUUCAUAUCAUCUACUUCCCUUGAAAUUAUUUUCAUGACAUCGAAAACUAUAAACUUCACUAUUAAGCAUUAUGAUGAUAAUUAUAUGUGCAUUAUUGGUUCAUCCCACAACAAAAUCAAAGUUUACAUAGAUGGUAUUAUUGUUAUGUUAGUAUAAAUGUAUAAUAAUUUAUGUAUGAUAUUGUGACUUUCUUGCAAGCUAAGAUAUCAGCCCGAAUCAAACUUAUUUAGCUUCUGUUGGUUAUUUUAGAUUUAAGAAUUGUUUAGUAUUUAUUAAAUUUUUCUUUUUUGAA